AUGAACACCCAUUCUCCGGUAUUGGCCAACACGAACUCUGCGGCUCCGGCCGACGCUCCGCGCAUGAUCGCAAGGUGGGAGCGUUUGGGCCGUCCCGCGGUGGAGUUGGAGCCCGGCGUUGUCAUCAGCAACCUGGAACGGUGGCUGUACAACAACCCGCAGGCGUCGGGAUCUACCCUGGGGAAAAUCCGAGAGUACCUGUACGUCGACACGUUCGGCGUCGACGCGCAAGCAGCCUGAACUCUCCGUGACGUUGCGCCUCUACCACGACCUUGCCCACCUUUGGCCGAUCAUCAGUCCGCCCCAGGAAUACACGGUCGAGGCGGCGGAGUGGCGCGAUCUGAUCUGGUCGGAGUUCGGGUGGACGGGAAAUCAGCCGGCGUGGGACCCCAGAGCCAGGUUGUUGGAUCUGGGAUGCGGCGGCGGGCACCUGCUGUCUCACUUCACCCGCCAUUUCACCACGGAAGCCGUGGACGUGUCCCCGCAGAUGCUGGAAAUCUCCCGGGGCCUGAACCCAACCACCACCC